UGUGGUUGGUCCGCCAUAAUCAUUCGUGUGGGUCUGUGCUUGUGCGGUUUAGGUGUCUUACCGGUGCCAACCAUUAUUUUUAAUUAGUAAUAAGUUAUGCGUAUGAAUACAGACAUGGACGAUGACGAGAAGGGAAAACUGUUCGUGGGUGGACUAUCAUGGGAAACAUCACAGGAGAACUUGCAGCGCUACUUCUCCCGCUACGGAGAUGUCAUCGACUGUGUGGUGAUGAAAAAUAGCGAGUCGGGUCGGUCCAGAGGAUUCGGCUUCGUCACCUUCGCUGAGCCGUCUCUGGUCUCCGUGGUGUUGCAGAAUGGUCCGCAUCAACUUGAUGGCAGGACCAUCGAUCCGAAGCCCUGCAACCCACGCACGCUGCAGAAACCGAAGCGCGGUGGUGGUUACCCGAAGGUCUUCCUCGGCGGUCUACCCUCGAACAUCACGGAGACUGAUCUGCGCGUGUUCUUCGGGAGAUACGGCAAGGUCAUGGAGGUGGUCAUCAUGUAUGAUCAGGAGAAGAAGAAGUCGCGUGGAUUCGGAUUUUUGUCCUUCGAAGACGAGAUCUCUGUUGAGCGCGUCACUCAAGAGCAUUUCAUCAACCUGAAUGGAAAACAGGUUGAGAUCAAGCGUGCGGAGCCCCGCGACGGUUCCGGCAAGCUCGGCUCCGGCGGUAGCGGUAUGGGAGGCGGCAUGGGCGGUGCCCCCGGCGAUGCCCCCGCCGCCGGCCAAUGGGGUCCACCCCAGGCGGCCCCCAUGAACAUCAUCCAGGGCCACAACGGACAGAUGGGAGGCCCCCCGAUUAAUAUGCCGAUGGCCGGACCGAAUAUCAUGCAGGGCUACCAAGGCUGGGGCACCUCAGCCGGGCAGACGUCGUACGCGGGCUACGGCGCGGCGGGCGGCGGCGCGGGCCCCGGCAACUACCAGGGCUGGGGCGCGCCCCCCGCCCCGCAGGCGCCCCCGCACGCGCCCGCGUGGCCGGCGACCAACAACUACACGCAGCACGCUCAGCCGCCCGCGCAGGGGUACGGCAGCUAUGCGAACUACAGUUCGGCGCCCGCGGGCGCGUCGGCCGGCGGCAGCUGGACCAACUGGAACAUGCCACAAAACUCCAACUCCACAGGCUCAGGCUCGUACGUGCCGCUAUCUGAGGGCGGUGAGAUGUACGGUCGCGGCGGCGGGGGCGGCGCCGGGGGUGCGGCGCCGGCGCUGACGGGCGCGCUGUCGUCUGCCGCGCUGAGCAAGUCCAGCUCGGCCGACUACAGCACUUACCAGCAGUACCCGCCGGCGUACCAACAGGACCAGGUUCAUUAAUAUAUAACUUAACGAUAAAUAAUAUUAAGAGCUGUACUUUAAGUGUUCAGAGAUGAAAUUCGACCUUUCUGUUUAUUGUAACGAGAUAAUGUGUCGGAUGUAUCAUGGGCGUCACUUAAUGCGGCCUCACACUGUAGCUCGAACGAGACACCUUUUAUGAUUGUUUAUUUUGUUUUCGAUGUAAGCUGGCCACAUUUAGAACAUCCAUGCCGGCACCGGGCGCGCCGAGUCGAGGCCUCGUUUUGAUUACUUUCCAAAUUUGUAUUUUUGUAUCGAUCAUCGAUUUAGAUAACUUAAAUUUACUCGUUCCCGCACUUACUGCCGGAGGCUUCCACUCGACGCGUCGGCCGCAGUCGAUCCGUCGCCAAAUCGAUCGCUGAAUUAAAUUUUUACUAUAAAAGUAGCACAUUAGACGGGGCGAUCGGUCUGGCGUCGGACCAUUAGAUUGUUAACGCAGGUGGCCUAAUUU